AUGUUUGAGAAAGACUCCUCCGUGAUAUUUAUCUGUUGGGGCAGAAAAGAGCGCUGUCAGAUUGUUCCGGUGGUGAUCACUGACCCAACUGAUGAGGUUACCGCGUGGCAAGCAAUUUCCCGGGAGUUUUACGCACAGAGAGGCGUUUGGGCGAAAUAUUUGCCAUGGUUUUGUGUGAAUAAGGUGGAAAUCGUUGAUAUUUCUAUUGCAGGGCAGAAACUGGCCAGUGGUCGUCGAUCGACAGGCAUUCAAUAUGUUGGAAUAUAUAAUAGUGAAGACAUAGUUACCAGACGGAAGCAUUUGGAACAAGUCGUCGCGGAUUACGAGCCUCAGGAUUGGCCUUGUCCGUAUGACAUUUCUACAGGGACCGUGGUCUGUCUCGAUGAUUGUGUAACAAGCUAUGCGGAUUAUGCAGAAUGCCCUGAGAGGACUAAAUUCCGGGCGGAACGUGAGCUCUCGUUACUCCGUCUUCGGCCUAUAUUUACCCAUUGCUUUCUGAAAGCUGAGAUUGCUGCACACAAUCACCUCCUUAGCAGGGAGGGAUUAAUACAUGGUCAUCAAGAUAUCCUGAGAAAACUCAAUGUUUGGCAUUGUCCGGAGUUGGGUGAAGUUCAAUUUCGCGGCUUGAUGAUCGGCGACAAUUGGGAAGGCAAUUUGCGGCAUAUGGUGCUACUCAUGGCAGUAAUACUAAUCUUGCUAAGCGUAGCCAUUGCAAGGUUGGUAUUCCAUGGCUGGGAUAUAGCAUGGGCCGUUGGUGGCGUCUUCGUUGGGUUGUUAAGCCUGUUGCAAAAGGGGAAGAGUUGGUAG